AUGCGUCUAACGCAUCACAACGCUACCAAACAGCUUGUUGCUGCCGCUACUGUACGUCGUCUGGUGAUCCCGUCUCCUAGCUGUUCCACAGGGCAUGUGAAGAGCACGACGCAAAGAAACGCGGUGGCGCUGCCUUUAUCCUUCACAGCAGCAACAUCAGCGGCAGCGAUCACAAGUUUUGCUUUGACGUUUAGUGGGCGCACACAUUGGACGGGGGCAUCAGCAGCAACCCCUCCACUUGCCGGGAAGCAAGUGGAUAAGACCGAUCAGGAGCAACAGCCCGCCCAGGACGUUUGCGUGCUGGGAACGUUGGACAUCUUUGCAAAGUCACGUAUGUUGAACUAUCUAAGUCGUCACACAUCAGCGGCCGAUGACGAAGUGGGUGGUGACAGUAGCAGGAAGGGAUCCCCUUUCGCCGUUACAAAGACCCCGGACAAGAUGCUUUAUCGGGCGGAGCUGCUGGUGCCGGUGGAGGCGCUUGUGUCUGGGGUCAUGCAACACACAAAACUCUGGGCAGUGGGAUACGCUGAAAAGGAAAGAGAUGCUAUUGUAGCCGCCUGUAUGCAUGGCGAGCGCUGUCUAGACGCUGUGGGCAUACCACUUUUCGCCUCCGACCGGCUGCAGCGCAAGCGUGUUGAGGAGGCGCGGCGUGAAGGCCGCUACGCCCCAAUGCCAGGGGACCCAGUUCGGGAGGUGCGUAUCGACGAUCUGCCGUACCCUGUGCUGCACAAGCAGGAUGACAACAGCAGCAGUAGCAAGAGUAGCAGUGGCGCCAGCGCGACCAAGUCAUCCAAGUCACGCGUGGCGGCGGCCUCAUACCCGGUGCUGCGCAGCUACCAGCCAGACUACCACACGGUGAAGCGGCGGUACAAUGACUUCUCACGGCGCUGCGGCGGCGACCCAUUCCUUCGUGGCAUGGCGGGCGAGCUGGCGUACCUGCAGGCGCGCAUUUUUCAGCACAACACGGACUUGCCGGGGAUGGACGACUGUGAUGAUGAAAAUACCGAGUUUACAAUUGACCCCAUCGAGGUGGAGCUGCUGCAGCCGAGCCGAACUACCCCUGAGGUCGCAGCGGCGACGACAACAACAGAGCCACACCCGCACUGUUCCGCCAUGCGUCUCGCGUUGAUUAACUCUCGCCCACUGAAUGAGCACCGCAUCGCCGGCUUUGUUGAUGAGAGUGAGGGUGGACGCUUUGAUUUGGUCGAGGGCGAACAGGACACCUGGUGGAUGCACGAGGAGCUGCCAGGACUGGUUUGCCUCUUCGACCCCUUCGCGGCGCAGCGGCUCGACGAACUCUACGCGUCGAGCUUCAAUGCGUCGUUUGAUGCAUGCGUCGAGACGCAAGUGGCGGAGGAGUUGACGCAGGUGGAUGUAGGAUUCGGACCGCAGUGCCAGAAACAGAUCAAGUGGUACACCGCGAGUGCGCCCCUCCCGUCCUACCCAUCGCUGCGGGCCGUUGGUAAAGCCAUGGACGUCGCCCACGCCGUGGCGCUCUGUGCGAUGCACGCAGAGUUACUUCUGUGCUUUCUCGGUGUGCCGCUGUCGGCGAGCACCGAGGAGCAGACCAGCCACUACGAUGCGUGCCUGCGUUACGGGCGAUUGGUGUCGCCGCUGACGCGGGAGCUGGAUGAUGGGGUGCGGGCACUGCUGCCAAAACCACUGAAACAGUGGCACCGCAUCAAGAAGACACGCAAGCGGGGUGCCCCAAUGAACGUGGCAGAGAAACUGGUGGCGCUAAACCGCCGCGUCGUUGCAGACCUCCGUCAGCAUCUUGUUGAGGUCGACAUUUGUUCCCAGCCGCAGUAUCGCGAACUGCUGGAGGUCUCCGUUUCCGCCCUGCGGCAAUUCAUGGUGGAGCGGCGCCACCCGUAUGAGUCGGCCUACGUCAACUACAUCUACAGCAAGAACAAUCAAUUUCGUUGCAGCAUUUACUUGCCCCUACCGGAGGUAUACGGGGUUCGUGGUGGAAGCGCAAUUGGGGCAACACCAGAGAGCGCACGCAAGCUCUGUGCUCUGCAUGCAGUUGACACUUUGUGUGCUCUUAAUGUACCUCUGACUCACAACGAGGAGAAACUGCAACAGUUGAUGGAGCUUCGAAAGCGGUUUGGGCUCAUCCUCCCACGCGAUCCUACCGACCACAGUGUAAGCAGUAGCAUGCUUUGUAACAUUCGUUCACCUCCUGGAUACCGGGAGGUGCCAGGCUGUGCAACGACGAGGAUUCCGCCACACCAGGACGUGUGGAAUCUCAUGAUGGCUGAUGCUGGAGACUUCGAUGUCGUGAAGGAUGUGGAGGCGGAGAAGUGCUACAAGUUGGGUUUACCGGACAUAGGCACAGUGCUGCGAGAGCUCUUCCAAACGUACCUGCUGACAGUGGGCUGGACCGCCACCGAACAUUGGUCGCGCAUGAAGCACUACCAAGGCAUGCAACACUGGAACGGCCGCUUACGUGUGCCAUGCAACAACUACUGGAUGGAGCUCCCUGUGGAUGAAAAGAUUUACGGCCGGCGUAUCGCUCUGGGUCGCUGUAUUUUUCGCAAAACAGCUGAAAGAGCAUUUCUUAUCCACACCUUCCGCAUCCUUCACGCUCUUCGGCUCGCCCCAUGGGACAACUACUCUGAUGCUGUGCUCCUUCAGUUUCUUCGCUGCGCACCCAACAAGAGAAUUGAGAGAGAGAGAAAAUGGUGGGAGUUUGUUAUGCGUGAACUGAUCACACCUGCAGCGGAUGAGGCUCCUCCAACGAUGGGGCCAUCAGCGGUGCGCGAUGCAGAAGUUGUCAUUCCUUUGGACGCCGAUCUGAAGGCCAUUCUCUCCCCAAAUCCGGUAAUGACGCAUGAGUUAGCGAAGAGGACCUUCGUUUAA